AUGGCAACACAGAUGUGUGUGCACGUAAUGUUGAUAAUGGUGGUUGGUCUGUCUGUCGGCGAUACAGCUUUUGUGUGUACCCCGCACCCCUCCGAUGUUGUCUUCAUAUUGGACUCGUCCUCAAGCAUCUGGCCGGAAGAUUUCGUGCGACAACUUAACUUUGUAGAAAAUAUCACGAAGAUAUUUGACAUAGGUCUCCUGGAAAACCAAACAAGAGUCGGGAUUUUAACUUUCAGCCACAAAUUAAAGAUCGAACUUCAGUUGAAAGACAGCCAUAAUAAAUCUGACGUCAUGUCCGCCAUUCGCCGCGUGCCCCACCUCACUGGAGGCACAAGUACGGCAAGAGCACUUUGGGCAGUGAAAAAUCGGAUGUUCACUCCUAUAAAUGGCGCCAGAGACAGAGCAAGGAAAAUCGUCGUUGUGAUUACAGACGGAAUGAGUCACAAUAGAAACGCGACAAAAAUGGCUGCCAAGGAUGUGCGAGACCGAGGAGUCACAAUCUUUGCUGUAGGAGUCGGACAGGACGCAGAGGAAACAGAACUGCACUAUAUUGCAAGUGAACCAACCAUCGACCAUGUCUUCCAUGUUCCCAGCUUUCGGUCGUUACAAACCAUUCAGAAACACUUGUCGAAUCAGGCAUGCAAGGACCCGCCUGUUCCUGAAGACACUUUGCAGGCGGACAGCACUGACGUUGCUGAUGGUUGUAGUGGUAAACCAGCAGAUGUGUAUUUUCUUCUCGAUUCAUCAAGUAGUAUCCGGAAAUCGGAAAACCGGAAACAGCUGGACUUUGUCAAAGACGUAGUCGCCAUGUUUGACAUCGGUGAAAAUAAAACUAGAAUUGGACUAUCGACUUUUAGUCACAAAUAUCGUCAGGAAUUUGACUUUCAGACUCAUUCAGACAAAAAAGACCUGCUGGAGGCAAUCGACAAAGUAUCGUACCUUAGAGGGGGAACUGAUACCGCGUCAGCAUUACGUAACAUCCGACAUCAAGUAUUCACACCAGGUGUCGCUCGUGAAGAUGUUUCUCAUGUGUUGGUGGUAAUAACGGAUGGCUAUUCGAGAUCGCCGAAGUCUACAGCAAUCGAGGCUGCCUUGCUCCAUCAAAUGGGCGUUUAUGUGUUCGCUGUAGGGGUCACUGAUGACGUAGAUAUCAAGGAACUGACCCAUAUUUCAAGCAAUCCUGAGAAAGGUGUCAAGAGUUUCAUGUUCAACGUGUCCACUUUCGAUGCUCUAGAAAGCAUUAAAACAGUGCUGGCAAUUAGAACUUGUAACGUGGUGGACCUGCAGUCAGUUUGCAAAAAAGACAACGAUACUGAUGCAGUUUUCCUGUUGGACGUUUCUUCUCUUGGCUCCACCGUUUCCUACAGUAUCAUCGACAGUAUUAACUCCGCAAGCUUGAACGAUCACUUAAAAACGAAUUUUCAAAUCGGGAUCUUUGUACAUUCAUGUUCUGACAUCCCAAACAAAGAAUUGUCCUCUGUUACAAAGAAAGUAACACCAAAACAAACAUCCAGGUAUUCUGAAUUGGCAGGACUGGUAAAGAAAGCCAGAUUGACAGGGUUCUUGGUUCAAAAUGGCGGACGACCGAUUGCCAAACGAGUAUUAUUUGCGUUCUUGGAUAGCGAACUCACACAGGAAGCGGAAAUAGAAAUCAAGAUGGCGCGAGAUGCUGGGAUAAAUUUCGUUUUUGUUACCAUUGGCGGUGGUGUAGAUAGGAAACAGGUCGAGCCGUUUGUUAGAGGACCGCAGUAUAUCAUUGAAUAUGACACCAGCCGGCCUGCCCAGUUCGCACAAGUUCUUGGUGAUAUGUUUUGCAGAGGUAUAUAA